AUGCCAGUGUUACUGAGAGAUGCAAGCGCUUGCAGAAAUGACUUGGGUCGCAUUCUUUAUUCAAAUCCGACCGAAUGGACUGUUCAUAUGGAUAUCGUUUCUACGAACACUCUGUCGAAUUUCUUCACUUCUCAUACCGAAUAUCAAAUGUCAAUUAGUGCGAUACCUAAUUCCCUUGCAGGGGAUAUGCGAUGCUUCGAUAUGUGGACGCGUUUUAGAGAUGUGAAACGUCUUUGGGAACAACUGGCUGACUUGCACAAAAAGUUGCACUUGCAUGGUUCAUUUCCGCAGUUUGCAGAAGCAGUUAUUUUUGGAAACCAAAGUGCCCAAAUUGUGGGUGAACGGACAUCAUCGAUAACAACAUUCUUAAAUUACGUACUUGCUCAUCCAGUUCUCCGACAGAGCAAAGUUUUGCAAGAUUAUUUCGAAAAAGCAACAGAAAUUGAGAAACCGUUGAAACAUAAAGAUCCGUUGGAACCUGUGCAACAGUUUCAUUCAAAUGGAGAAUCGUUCGGAACUAAUUUAGUUCAUGUUUCACAAUAUAAGGGCCAGGAUUCCAGUCUGCUUUUUAUAUCUGAGCAUGAUGAUCCACUACCGCCUUCAUCACCUGGACAGCUUUAUUUCAAAACUCGUUCAAUGCCAGCAACAAUGAUGCGGGAACAUUCUAUGUUGAAUAUGCAAGAAAAUAACGUCGGAAAUGCUAUGCCAUCGGCCAUGAUGAAUCAGACAUCUUCCUCACAGUCUUACGUUCUCCCUGCUUAUUAUUGUGUUGCAUUAUCGCAACAGCCGCAGUGCAGUCAGUUUUCCCGAGGCAAUGACGGUCCACUGCAGCACGAUUAUUCGUGA